AUGGAUUAUAAGGGGAUCCGGUCCCUUUCGAGGUUCGUUUUUUUGUUUUUAAAGGUAGAGAAAAAGUCUUCUGAUUGAACAAUUUUUUAAAAAAAUGUUUUUUUCCAUUUUUUUGCAAAAUGUAUGACUUUUUUUGGUAAGGCCUUUUUUAAAGAGAAGAUAAAAGCUAUAUAAAAUUAUUUUUGAUAAAAAUUCUUUUCCUUUUUUUUCAGUCAUGUCUCUAAAAAGAAAUGGCGAAAUAAAGCUUUUUUUAAAGUUUUUCAACUUAUCUUCGCUCAAUUUAAAAUAGAUAUCAGAGAGUGAAAAAGAUAACUAAGUUUUGGAGAGUCUGAGAGAUAGUUUUGAAAUUUGUAAUAUUACUUUGAACACUCUGAUGGGACCGAAAAUUUUGAAAACAAUUUUAUUUUCCGAAGCUUCUUAUAAAAUCAUCUUUGAUUAUGAAGAAAUCAUUAUUUUUUCAUUUCAAGAUACCUAAUGGACCCUCAAUUCAACCGCCUCCCAUUAACAUUAUCCCUCGAGGAAGUUCAACAACUAUCCAUCAUCGAGGAGGUUUUUUCCCAAUCAUUUAUUCCUGUUUUUAUUAUUCCAUUCAAAGAUACUAUUGAUGAUAAUGGACCGAGAUUCCAACGUGAUUCCAUCAAUUUUCACGAUGACUGAAGUGAAUAAAGGCGUCGCCAAACAGGCGUAUAUCUUCCCGGUUAGUUUGGCGUUUCAAGGCUCUUUGAAGAUGAUUUUCAAGGAUUUUUUCCUCAUUUUCAAUGAUACUUGUGAAAUAAUUUGACUCCUCUGUUAAGAAUGCAGAAAAAAAAAAUUUAUUUUUCAGAUACCUUUAUUUUUCAAAUCUGGAUCAUAAUUUUUGGUUUGCAGGCGUGUAUUUUCACGGUUAUUUAUCUAAAAAUCGAGAUUUUAAGACUUCAACGCGAAUUAUUGAGGUUUUGUCACAAAUAUCGAUUAAACAUGUGAAUAAUUAAAUUCUAGGUUUUGGAAUCACGUUUUGAUAUUGAAACAAGGUUUUUUUCAUUCUUGUUUUAAGGCUUUUUUGAAAUUCAGUAGAUGAUCCUUUCUGAAGUCUGACAAGGAAGGUCAUCUUACUUUAGGGUUGGGAUUUUCCUGAAAACUGACCAGAAAACUUUUUAAUGUACCAGAUGAAGUUCCCGAAACUCUAAAACUAAGAAACUUUUUAAGUUUUGAAAAAGGCCACUUCGAAGUCAAAGAAAACCUUCGAAAUUAGUUAAAAAGGCUUUUUCCGGGAUAUGAGCCCUAAUUUCUCGAAAAAUAAAAAGUCGUGCAGGUUGAGACUUUCUGGAUGAAGAUAUAUUUUCUCUCAAGAAAAGAUUUCCAGAGACUGGCGCACGCCCUCUCUCAACUGUGUAUCUACUUCCGACCGGUGGCCGACCUGUCCCACGUCGUCGGCCGCAGUUUCCUCUUCCCGCUUCCCCAACAUCCCUGUUUCUCCUCCUCGGCGCCUUCCUGGCGCAUCGACGGCACCGCCCUCCACGCCCACAUGUAAGUGCUCCUCGCAUCCGUCGAUGGCUCCCUUCACCGGCUCGGUUUUGGUUCCAGCCCCCGGUUCCAGCAUCAGUUCCUGCCCUACCGGACAGAGCAGAGCAACUCCCAGACGUAUCUUCUUUACAUGGUUUUGCGGCAACCUCGCGGAAAGGACCAUAUUUCGGUUGGUUCUUAGAUUUUCAAUAUUUUCUGUGCUUCAUUUGAAAAAUAAACAUAACUCAGAAAGUUUUUUUGUCAUUCUAGGUUUAUAUUUCUCCUCGUUUUUUUAUGUUUGAAAUAAAUUUUCAGGCUUUUUACACACAAUCGAAGCCACAAGUUCAAAGCUCCAUACGAUGUCCUUCUCUCCGUUUUGAUCUGCGAAGUGAUGGCCGAGGUAUCCAAGUUUCAAGCCCAACAAUUAAUUUUCAUUCAGAAAAUGAAAUAGUUCCCAAAAAUUUAUAAAAAGAAACGUCUCUUUUGAUUCUCAGUUCAAAUGUUUUUCUACAUAAAUUUUCGAAGAAAAGGCGAGAAUAAACCGUUUUUAUUUUUAACAUAAAACCAAGGAAAACUAGUUUUUUUCUCGAAUGUUUUACCGGAAUCGAAAUGGAUUUUUUUCAAAUUUGCGGGUUAAAAUCUUGAAAAAAAUGCAAUCAGAUUCGAAUAUUUAGUUAUUUUAUUGACAAAGAAAAAUCAGGUUAAAACAAUGAAAUGAUUUUUUUAAUUUCUCUGAAAAUUCAAAUAUUCAGAAUUGAAAAAAAUGUCACAACUACUGUACAAAAAUAGUAUUUUCGAAUAUUUCAGGCGGAACAACUGCCAGAAAACGAGGCGAUCCCACGAUAUCAAUGGGAAAAUAUCCUGAGCAUCAUCCAUCAGGGCAUCCAUCUGCAGAUAUUGUAGUUCUCCCGAAGUUUUCCGGAAUAUAUCGACGAUUUGAAGGAACAUCCAGCACUUCCUGUCGGUCCUGAGAGGCCUCGUCAAGAGUGCCAACUAUACGCGGGCCCGGGACGAAGUCAUGUGGAUCGUGCUCCAAAUCACGGGAACGUUCAGCAACACGCCUCGGUUCGAGGAAGCUCUCAACGAGAUCAUCGAGCUCUACAAGGUUCUCUUUUUUCGGGAUACGUGGAAAAAGUCAUUUGGAUAACAUUUAAAAGAGCAUUUUAUGCCGGCAUGCUGAAAAGGUUCUAUAAAGAGGCCGUUUUGGGAAAAUUUGAAAAUUUUUUUAUUCAAUAUGCGUAAUAUUUUUUUAACGGUGGUUAGUUUGAAACUUUCAAAAAAAUCAAAACUUGUCAGCCAAAAAAACUGGAGAUUUUAUAUUUUUUUAAUUUUUUAUGAAGCGUCUUUGUUUCACCUGAAAACGAAAUAUGCUUUUCAGGCUGUUUUUUUCAAACUUUAACACAUUUGACCGAGCGUUUUUCGAAAUUUAUAAAAUUUAUUUGGAGAUAAACUAGAUCGAUUCGAGAAAAAGUUAGGAUUAAAAAAAUAUUUAAAUGAAUAAAUAAUUAAAAAAAUAUAACAAAUCUAUGAAAAAUAGUCGAGCUAACAGGAAAUUCAUGAUUUUUUUCUUGGGAAUUCAGUGUCAUUUUUUUAAAUUAAUUGUCGAGCUUCACGAUCUUGUAUUUGAAUCUUUAAGAAAUUGCAGAACUAUUGGAGAAUUCAGGUUCUUUUCGAUGGCGAAGUGACUUGGAUGGGCGCCUCGGACCAUAUCGCCCAAUUCGUGCGAUUUCUGGCCGCCGCCUGCACUUGGAUGCUUCUCGAGGGCAAGGUUCGUCUUUCUUUUUUUUUUACUCAAAUCGUGACCUUUGCUGAUUUAAAUAUUCAAGAGAGCUUUUUAUUUUGAAGCCUUGAUUCCAUUACGUCUGACCAAUUAUCACAGGGAGGUAGUUUCUUAUGUAGACUAUGAUCUGAUAGAAAAUUGUGAAAAAAUUUGGAGUUUUAGUAGAAAAAAACAGUUGUAGCUUCAAACGGAAACUUUCCAGGGACCAACUGUUUUCAAAUUCAGCGCGAGCCCCGUUUUUUUUUCUGCAAAAAUACCGUGAUCCGAAUUUGGUUAUAUCUGACUAAUAUUUGCUUCGAGACCUUUUUUUUCAAUUUUUGCAUUUUUUUUUUUGAGAGCAACAGCGCAAAAAAGGUACAGUAAACGCACCUUUUUCGCUUUUAUUGUCGUGCAUAUCGAAGAAAUCCGUCUAUAUAUUUUUCAGGAAGGUCUGCCGGCACCCAACGAAAGUAUCAAGCGACAAAUCAAUUUCAUCGCUGAAGGGGCCGAGAAGAUCGACUCCAAGGACGACGCCAUGCUGGCCGUUCUGGCCAAUGCUUGUUCGUUUUCCUUUUUUCUUAUGUUCUGAAAUAUUCCACUUCAAAUCUCAUCAUUCACUAGUGAUUUAUCAAUUUUUAUGCAGAAUUUUUGCGUAUUGUAACUUUUUUUCUUUUUUUAUUUAACUUUCAUAAUUUUUUUCAUUUAUUUAAAAAUUCAAGUUUUUUUAUUCAAAAAAAUUAUCAAACUUGCAUUUUUCUGUUGAAAGUUUAUGAUUUUUCUCAUCAUUUAGCACUGACUUUUCAACCAUGGAAAACUCUUUAUUUAAAAAAAAAUUACGAACUUUUCUUUCCAAAUUUAAGCUGGUUUCCUUUUUAAUUGAUAAGUCUCUUAUUAUUAACCAGGGACUUUUCAAUCAUUCAUGACUUUUUUUCGUGAAAAUCGCUUAAAAUUCGAAAAUGAUACCUGAUUUGGGGUGGUUUUCUAUCCUUUGUUUGGUUUUUUUUUCACGCCAUCUGGCUCUGAUUUUUUUCAUUUUUUGUUUAGAAAACUCAUCAAUUUUUAAUUUAUUUUUUUGUGUCACCGUGGUUUUUUUCUCUUUUUGAAAUUUCCCUACACAUUUCUCAAUCAUUCAAGAUUUUUUAUCAAAAAAUCCUUCGAUAGUCAAAAUAAUUGUUUCCGGACUGGAACUGAUUUUUCUUUGUUUGAAUGUGUUUCUUAUCAUUGAUCGGUGAUUUUUCGAGCUUUCAAGAUUUUUGCUAGGAAAACUCUUCGAAUUUUAACAUUUUUUUUCUGUAUUUUGGUUGGUUUUUAUCCUUCAGUUGAUUAUUCUCUCCAAGUUGAGCACAUUUCAGACCGGUCGGACACUCGAGUCGGCCGAUCCGUCCAAAUCGUCUUCCAGCAACGUCUGGACAGCAUUCCCAACGAUGAAACUCUCUUCCAACUCUCCUACGGUCGACACGCUUGCAAUAAAAUCACUUCUUUCUCCUCCGAGGUUUUUUUUCGUUUAUCUAGAAAAAUAUUUUGAAUCAUAACACUUCGUGUGACUUCAUAGUUAAAAAUCACAUAACUGUUGAAAAGAAAGGUAUUCAGUUCCUGGAUUCUUUAACUCUCCGAGCCAAGGGUUCCGUUCUUGGCCUUUGUUUGGGAUCUCUGAGGAACUUCACCUCGGAAAGAUGUCCCAGUCCCGCUGUCCUUGGUAUGUUCGCCGAUUUUAUUUUCAUUCUUAGUUUUAGGCAUCGUUGAGACAUAAAUCAACUUUCAAAAUAUUCAUUUUCAAGAUAUUUUGAGAAAAAUGAAUAAAUUUUCUUGAAAAACUUUAGAAAAGAUGAAAAAUUGCUUUAAAACUGUUCUUUAUCAUGCUAUUAUUUAGAAAAAUUUUUGGAAAAUUCCCUAAGAAAAACUUUCAAAUCAUUUAAAUGAAUUCGUUAAAGUUAAAGAUUGAAACAGCCAUUAAAGUUUCUAUUUGGAUUUGAAAAACAGAAGAAGGAAUUGUUAUCAGCAGUUUUCGGGUUCUAAAGUGAAGAAAACAGUAAAAGCAUUUUUUUUUUGAAAAAGUUAGUAUAAAAAAGUGUGUUUGAAACUUUCAGCUUGGUUGAUUUUAUUAAAUUUGAGAAGGUCAAAGACAAAUCACCUAAUUUUGUCACUUGAUAAGUUUCUUUUCUUUAAAAAGUCCUUUUUCCAAUUAUCUGACUGCUCAUAAGUUCAUCAUCAAGCACAAGAACCUGACCUAGAAUGUUUGAUUUAAAAAAAAACUGGGAGUUGAAAGGUUUCUCAAGAUCUCUUCCUCGGAAACUAGAACAUAAACUGAGAAUUUUUUAGUGAAAUAUAGUCUUUUUUCAAGUUUUUCCGCGUUGUUCCAAUCAAUUUUUUUCUCUCAUUCUUCAAAAUUUUCUUUUCCAGACACCCUGGCGAAGCUGAUCUCCACGCUGGAGUACGAACUGGGCGUGAAGCCGUUGAUGAACCUUUUGCAACGAUCUUUGUACAUUUCGAACACUCCGAACAGUGUGGAAACGGCGCGAGAACAAUGCCACAUUCUCUACGAUUUUCUCUGUUAUCGGUCAUUUUUCAUAUGGCUCUCUUAAAAAAAAGAAAAUUGUUUCAAGAGAGUUUUUAGACAUUUUUUCUUCUUGUUUUAUUGGAAAUGUUCCUAUUUUUUCUCAAAAGUUAUAUUUUCCCUGAAUUUCACGAUUUCAGAGUUCCGACGAUCAGUCUUGACGAGGUUCGAAGCGAAUUCGUGAUAUUCAGUCUGAGUUAUCUCUUCAAUCUGGUUAGUCUCAUUAUUCAGAACAAAAAAUCCAUUUCUUUCAAAAUUGUGGUCCUUAAUGACCAAAAAUAGUGCUGAAAACGGCUUAUCGCUUCGGGACCAUUAUCAUUUAUUUCUAUGAUCCUUUAAUAAUCUAAGAAAGGAUUUUUAACAGACUAUAUUAUUUAAAAGCUGGAAAUUUCUUCUUCCAGCGAAUUCUUGAAAAUUAUCCGUUUUAUGCCGCUUUGAGCUCCAUCUAUCAGGAUAAUUAGUUGAAAAUCCUAAUUUUUUAAAAUUUCUCCUUUGAAUUGGCAACAUCUUUUUAACAGAAUUUAUUCAUUUAAAGCUUCAAUUGACUUUUUUCAAGCCCAUCCUUCAAAAUCAUCAACUUUACUGCGUUAUUGAACACACGGUGAUGAGAAAUUGGUGUUGGUCGACGUAUUCCGAGACGAUCGCCAUCGGAUUCAGACAUUUCAGUUAGUCCAUUUGCCACAACUCGGAUCUUUAUGACUUCUCUGCGCCCUCUUUUCUCUCGUUCAUCUCUUUCCCAGUUUCUAUGACCACCUCGGUGAGAGAUAAGAAACGCAGAUCGGGUAGAUUCGUUUCCCACGACUUGAAUCACUCUGACAUGUCUGCGUCUCUUUUCCCUUACCGCCGACGACAUUAAGAUAUGAAAAUAGCACAGGAACAAGGGAGGGCGCAGAGCAAUCAGACUCUCAAGUUUUGCAAGUCGCCUGAAUAUUUAAGUGACAGAAUUUUCUAGGCAAGCCGAUCCAGAGCAGCUCAAGAACAACGGUUUUCCUGUAUCCAGGAUCUUUUCCGACGCCUUCUGAAGGAAAACAAUAUCCGAUUUGUCCUGAGGUUAAAAAAAAUCACAUAAAACGUGAAAAAACGUCGGUUUUUGUUUCUCUGGCGUCUCUUCUUGUCGCCGUAGAUCUCUUGCUUUUAGAGCUUUUCUCCUUUUAUUAAUAAUUUUUCUUUCAGAUUUUUCGAAUGUACCUGAUUUCACUGAUGCGGGCCAUCAAAAUUACAGGUUUGAAAAUAUUUCACUUUGGCCGCACUUGGAAUGGCUAAAUGCGACGCGGUUGCUCUGAGGCUCUUGGUCGAAUUAAAACUGUUUUAAGUCGGGUGAAAGUCGCUUUCAGUCAGAUGCACUUUGCAGAAUACUUGUUGAGCCAUUCCACCUGCGAUUCCAUUUGCUUCAAAAUUUAUUCAAUAGAUUUAAGGCCACGAAGUUUCAAUGGAUGAAUGUUACUUUGCUGAACUUGUUUCCACACUCGGAUGGCCGGAAUCCAUGGUUUUUCGAAUUUCCAGACGAAAAUUGUAAAUUUCCUGGUUUAGAAACAUUCAUUUCCUGACUGGGCUCUACGAUCUGUGAAUACUGGAACGAAUACUAUUGUUUCCGCUGAUUUGCAGGUUUUUAAAAGAAGCUGAAAACGCAAAGAAAAAUAAUCAAUUAAGAAUCAAAACUCGUGGAAACAAACAAAAAAACUGCCAAAAAUCUGAUUUCGUAUUUAAUAUUUACCCACUUUUUCAGCAAAUAUGGAGUAAAAACGCCUAAAAAGAGAGCGGGAAAUUGCAACUUUGCCUAUUGAAAAAGCUUGAAUUUUUCAUCUGACAUGUCAAAUUUUCUCUACAAAAAUUUGAUUCUUGAUGAAAAAAAUUCUCCGGUUCUAUAAGAGAAAAAUUGGACAUAAAAACGGAUUUAGAAUUAUUGUUUGAAGCAAAACUCGGAGAAAACUUAGAAAAACCAAAAUUUUGCAUUGAGCUUGAAGUUUUGAAGCCUCAGACUCUAUCAAAAAAUCCUUUCCAGAAAGCAGUGAACACGGAUUACAACCUGAACUUGGGGAUGGGGGCCGAACAUUACAUGAACUACAGCCAGAACCAGAACGAAAACUCGCCGACCAUUCUGGCUGUCAUAUUCUUCCACAUAAUCGAGAGACGCGACAACACUCUUCCGCUCGAAUUUUACAAGUAUAGUGAUUUUUCACCUUCCGCAAAAGAUAGGUAGAUAAACCACAGUACACUGAGAUAUUGUCCCUUCAAGACCAGCGAUUUGAAGGUAAAUGGUUUUGCGCAGAAAAAAAAUAUUUAAAAAUUGAUUUUUUUUUUCUCGUUUUUUAUAAGACCUCAAUAGUAUUCAGAAAUGAAUUUUUCACCUUUCAAAAAAAAAGUGAAUAAACCACAGUAUACCGAGCUUUUUUCGCUUCAAGACAAGAACGAAAAAUUCGCCACAAAAUGAAAAAAAAGUCUCAUUUCUCUGCUCCCUCUCGAGUUUACGGGCUAUUUUUCCAAGACCUGCCCGGCGAGAGACAAGAGAGCGCAGACAGGUUAGACUGUUGAGAAAAAAGAAAAAAAAUAUAUGAAGAUGAAAAUGAAAAACAAAAUGGAAAUUUAAGGAUCCUGCAACGGAAAUCGGCGCGCGAUAUCGUUAUCGCGACGAAUUACCUCGUCGAUUACGUUAUCGCCAAAAUCAAGGACGAUUUGGACAAUAAUGAGUCGUUUUCCAGUGUUGGUUUUCCAUUGUUAUUUUAUAAAAUUAGGAAAAAAUAGUGUUAGUGUAGUUAGUGUGAACAACCCCAAAUGGACUUCUGGAUAAAUUUUUAGAGAGGUUGAAAAGAAAACUUCGAUGUGUAAAAUGCGCAUUUUACUGUUUCGUAAGAGAAUCAAGUGAUGAUUUGGAAAGACUCUCACUCAAUAAACUCGGCCAUUAAAAAAUUUCCAAAUAAGCAAAAAAAAAGUCAUUCUUGUUGCAAUAGCCGCAUUGAAAAAAGGGAAAUGAACUUUUUUCCAUCAAAAAUUGGAAGUUUCUUCAAAAAAAAGUUAUUCAUUUCAAUUAUUAUCAGAAUUCGAAAUCAAAAAUUGAAUUUAAAAUAAUAUCCCUUCACACAAUUUUCUUUACGUUUGAGGUAAUAUAUACAUUUGACAGAUUAUGUGUGUGAGAAAUAAAACAUUUUGAUUGAUCGAUUAAAAAUUUUGAUUUUUUCGAAAAAUUUUCAGUCGAAAGCCCAAUGUCAACAAAAGCAGAGUUUGAAAUAAUUUUGUAACUUUCAGGAUCUAGUAUGACCUUUUUAAGUGAUUUUUUUCUAGAAAACUUUAAAUAACAAAGUAAAAAAAUUCCUUAGAGAAUUCUCUACGAAGUUCGACUUUUUAAAAAAAUUCCCAACAAAAAAAUAGUCGAUCACAGAGAAACCUCAUUUGCCUGCUGGAAAAAGUUGUUCGGAGGGUUUUUUUCUAAUGCUUUCAACAUCUUAAAAUUCAAAAAAAAUUUCGAAUAACAUUUUUUCUAGAAAAUCCUAUAGAAGAAAGAGAAAAAUAACAGCGUUGUGAGAAUUUUUCAAAAUGUGGCUUUGAAAACUGAAUUUCACUAAAAGUUUGAGUUCAGAUCUCGAAAGCCCUCAUCGAGAUGGUGUUCCGCUGGCAUGUGGUCAGUGCAGAUCGACUUCUUUUGGCCCUUGUUCUGCAUCCGACCAACGACGAGACCUCGCACAUCGCCAUGCUCCUCGUGCAUGUUCGACUCGGCCAACUUCUUCAAAAUAAGCAGAAUGGUUUCAGGACUUUUGUACAGUGAAAGAUUUCACCGACCGAGUCGAAUAUUUCCACGCCCAUCUCCCAAGAAAAGACCACCAUUCCGAGUAUAUUCGCAAGCUUGUCGACUACCAUACCGUUCGUUUUUUAAAGACAUACGGCGGGUAA